GGAAAUGAAAUGUCAGUUUUUAUUUAGCAACUAAUAUGGCUGAAAGUUUUUCUAACAAAUAAAGUCCGUAAUUUCUGUUUUGGUGGUCUAAUUUGAUUACAUUUAAGCCAUAUUAGCGGUGAUAAUUUUCAUGCCUUAAGGAGUGAACUGCUGCGGCAUGUUUCCGCUAACGCCACCUGUAGUGAAGCGACUUUUGGGAUGGAAAAAGGGCCCACAGGGCUCUUCCGCUGCCGAAGAUAAAUGGUCAGAAAAGGCUGUAAAGAGUUUAGUGAAGAAGUUGAAGAAAAGUGAGGCCCUCGAGGAAUUAGAGAAAGCCAUAUCUAGUCAGAGUAGCCACACCAAAUGUGUUACUAUUCCAAGAGCUAAACCAAACGACAACGGAGUAAACGGGCACUACCGGAAGGGGCUGCCGCACGUGGUGUACUGCCGCCUGUGGCGCUGGCCGCAGCUGCAGAGCCAGCAUGAACUGAAGGCAGUCGACCACUGUGAGUUCUCGUAUCUGCUGAAGAAGGACGAGGUGUGCGUCAACCCGUACCACUACACCCGGAUCGACACACCCGCCCUCCCGCCGAUCUUGGUGCCGCGCGGCGUGGCGGAGGGCUCCCCGCGCCCGCCGCCCUACUCUGAGUGCCUCGCGCACCACGAGCCCCUCGACCCAGUGAUGCAGACGUGCGUGGGAGGCCCUCAAGCCAUGUACCUGGAGGCCACCAUCCAGCAGCAAGUGCCGGGCAACACCACGCUGCACGUGAGUUCGUCCCAAGUGGAGACCCCUCCGCCGGGGUACAUGAGCGAGGACGGCGACCCCAUGGACCACAACGACAAUAUGAACCUAACCCGCCUAACGCCCUCCCCGCCCCGCCUGGCCACGGAGGCGGCCCCCGUCCUCUACCACGAGCCGGCCUUCUGGUGCAGCAUCAGCUACUACGAGCUGAACACGCGCGUGGGGGAGACCUUCCACGCGUCGCAGCCCUCCAUCACCGUCGACGGGUUCACUGACCCCAGCAACAGCGAGCGGUUCUGCCUAGGCCUGCUAUCCAACGUGAACCGCAACGAAGUGGUGGAACAGACGCGGCGACACAUCGGCAAGGGGGUCCGGCUGUACUACAUCGGCGGCGAGGUCUUCGCGGAAUGUCUAAGCGACUCGUCCAUAUUCGUGCAGAGCCCCAACUGCAACCAGCGCUACGGCUGGCACCCGGCCACCGUGUGCAAGAUACCGCCAGGUUGCAACCUGAAGAUCUUCAACAACCAAGAGUUCGCGGCUCUUCUCUCCCAGUCGGUGUCUCAGGGCUUCGAGGCGGUGUUCCAGCUCACCCGCAUGUGCACCAUACGCAUGAGCUUCGUCAAGGGCUGGGGCGCCGAGUAUAGACGCCAAACGGUAACAUCGACGCCGUGCUGGAUCGAGCUGCACCUCAACGGCCCCCUGCAGUGGCUGGACCGGGUGCUGACGCAGAUGGGCACCCCGCACCACCCCUGCAGCUCCAUGUCCUAGUGCCGAUUAUAACCCUUCGCUUUGGAGUAGCUGACGAUAUGAAACAAGAAAUAAACUCUAAAACAAAAAUAAAAUAUACAUACAAAAUGGUACGUAGCUCAAAACACAGAAAUACCUCUGCUGACUAUUUUAUUUUUAUUUAAAUAAUUAUCUUUGAUAUACAUUUAUUGUGUAGAUGUUCCCAUGUUGACUGUGCGAAAGUGCUUUUUGCUAAAAGCGCAUUAUUACAAUCAUUGUCAUCAGCCCAUAAUAGUCAUGUGUGUAUGUUAUAAAUUUCAAAGUGCAAAAUUUAAAAUGUCAGAUAUUACAUCCAUGGUUCUACAAUAUUUUCGCACAGCAAACAUACGUAAAUACGUAUAUAGAUGCCCGUAAACUGUCAUACAACGGCUGCUACACAGGAUCUUUAUUGACGUCGAUAAACUCAAUUAAUCGGCCAAUCACCGCGCCGUUCAUCUACGCCGAUAACGAAUCCGUGUAGCGGUAGCAGAGCGUAUGAAUGUUGCUGUAGUCCCAUUAGUUAAGAGUUCUAGUCUAAAAAAAAUAAGGACAUAACAAAAAAUAUAGACACGGAUUUAAAUCUUGAGAUGUGACUUUUUGGAGUUUUAUAAACGACUUCAAAAAAGGAGGAGGUUCUCAAUUCCUCUGAUCAUAGAUUUUAUGUAAAAUGCAAAAAAAAAAUAAGCAAUUUAUAAUCAAAGCUACAUGAAGGUACAUCUAUGGAUUUAAAUCUAUCAAUGCAGUUUUGAAAUGAAAAUGAAAGUAUUGGCAAAAAGAUCAACUAAACCUAGAUUUCAUUUGAAAAAAAGGUCUUUAAAUUAGAGGGCCUAAGCUAAAACUACCAGUAUAUAAAUUCUUGUACUAAGAAAUAUAAUUUUUACAUAAAAUAUGUAAGUAAUAUUUUUGUGGAACAAAAUGAUGGUAAGUACAAGUGAAAAAUGUAUUUAAGACAAACAAUAAUUUAUUUUCAUAGCAAAACGAAACACGUAUGAUUUGAGCUUUGUUAAGUGAAGAAACCAAUAUUUGUAUAUGUUACGGCUAAUGUUAGCUGUGAAAAUAAACUUACGAUUUAUUAGUGACGACCGAAUGGCGUAGUGGUUAGUGACCCUGACUACUGAGCCGAAGGUC